GAGAAUAUGGCCGUAUUAGGCCUCAAUUCAAAUGUAAAUAUGAAUGGCCAUAGUAAUAUUCAUAGCCAGUUAACUAAAUCAUUGGAAAGGAUUUUAGAAGAUGCUUUUCUUAGUGGUGAAUUAAAAUUAAGUGGUCGUAAAUUGCGCGAGUUUCCAAAACCAGUGAAGUUUGAUUUGAGUGAUACAGUUAUUGCUGACUUAUCAAAGAAUCGAUUUAGUGAUCUACCAGAAGAAGUCGCCACGUAUGUGUACUUAGAGAAGUUAUUGUUGUCACAAAAUGUCAUCAGGAACAUACCGGAUGCUGUCGGAAGCUUGCAGUCGCUUACUUACUUAGAUCUGAGUUCCAACCAGCUGACAGAGCUACCGCGGGAGGUAUGCCAGAUGCCGCUGCAAGUUCUUCUGGUGCCUGAUAACCUACUGAUGUGUCUGCCGAAGGAGAUCGGCAAGAUGACAACCCUGGCGGAGCUGGAUGCAUCCAACAACAGGCUCACUCAGGUGCCGAUGACCCUAGGCGACUGCACCGGUCUUCGUGCCCUAAACCUUAGCAAUAAUCAGCUGGGUUUGCUGCCAUUGCAGAUCACAUACCUGCGGCUGGAGCAUUUGGACGUUAGCUGUAACUGCAUAUCGUCGUUGCCGCUGGAACUGCGGAACAUGAACACGAUCAUCACACUGAACCUGGACAAUAACCCACUGGUCUCACCGCCGACCACUACAUGCAUGCGCGGGCGUGUGCACAUCUACAAGUACUUAGAGAACAUGGCGAACAAAGAUUCGCACAAGCGUGUGGACGACACGCGUCGCUCGACAAAACACACAUCGUUCAACUCGCCGAGCCACGCGCCCCUCACCGGUAACGCCACGAUCGACUGUCUGAGGCACAAGCCACGCCACGUCGUCGAUAGCGGCUACAGCACCGAUGGUGUGGAGAAACGGUGGUCGAAUGAUGGUGUCGGUGAAGCCGGGGGAGGUUCGGGUAGAUCCACACCCAGUACUCCAUCUACUCUAUCGCCUGGGACUGCCUUGUCCCGUGCGCAGUCACUCUCUAGUGAGUCUCCCCUAGCGCCUCUCACACCAAUACUCACUGGUAUCCGUAUAUCACCCGAUGGGAACGUCGAGGAUAAGAGUAAAUUAGCUCAACAACAGACCUACAGACAAUACAAAGAAGCUUUGAGACAGCAGCGACAACAAGACGUGUACCGACCCCGCACCGAGCAGACCUCCCCGGAACUAGACUCCUCGCCGCACUCCCAAAACCACAGUCCAGUCCACUUCCUCAACUCCAGCUCACCAGUCAACGGAUAUAGUAACGUAUCAUACAACAGAUCAUUAUCAUCCAAUUCCCCCAAUAACGUGCCCAAUUCCCCCCUCCUCCAUUCCACACCGCGUCGAUUUCAGAACGGCGACAAGCUAGACGAAACCAAACGGCCUGUGCAAAAAGUGGUGCCAUCGAGAACCGUUCACAAGUACACCAAUGGCACAGAACGGAACGGGGACUAUAUAAAACCAAUAUCGCCUACCAAGUCUCCGACGAACACGUUCAAGUCGAGUAUACCUAGGCAGAAUGGUGACGCGAAACUGUUAACUACGGUGUCGUAUUUGAAAGGUGGAGCGCCGAAGACGGGUAAGCUGCCGUGGAAUAAGGAGUGUGCGGACAAACUGAGCUUCACCAUGAAGAGGGAGUUCGAUAAGCAGAAGGAGGAGUCGGAUCUCUUGCACCAGUUGAGAGUGAUUAUCGAGAGUCGACUAAAGAUGUCGCUUCCUGAGCAGCUGGCGCCAGUACUGGCCGAUGGUGUGGUGCUGUGUCACCUCGCUAACCAGCUGCGGCCGAGAUCAGUCGGCUCCGUGCACGUGCCCUCGCCCGCACAGCCAAAAUUAACGAUGGCGCGGUGUAGAAGAAACGUCGACAACUUCUUGGAAGCCUGUCGCAAGAUUGGUGUUGAAGAGGACGCGAUCUGCACGCCCGAGGACAUUCUGUGUCAUCGUGACGUCGAGGGGGACAGCAAUGUCGGACCUCUCGCUCGCACUAUUGUAGCGCUCCUAGCACACGCCAACCGUCCCCCUCGCUCUCCCGACGACAUCCGAACAGAUCACAGCGAGCCGAGCGUAGACGAUGUCGAUUGUAUCGAAGUGAAUUACGAAAGGCGCGGCAAGUAUAGCGAGGAAAGGUAUAUCAGUAACUUUAAUUUCUCGUAUACGUUUGACGAGGCAGAAGAAACGUGUGAUCUAGAGGAAUUCGUAGAAAGCAAUGAUGGACUGAAUAGGGUUCAGUACGUGGCGCCGUUUUACAAGGCUGACGGUAUUUUGACAGGCGAAGACUAUGAAAUAUAUGACACCGAUGAAGUCGAUUUUCCGACGGAGACGUGUGAAGAUCUUGAACGAUACGACAGGGAGAAGAUGAAGCUUGAAAUUGAAAAUAAUCUCAACGAACUCAGGCCGGUCGUUUCAGAAACCGCAAAUGAAUUUGAGAACCGAAUUUUUUUCACAAUUCUAUGCCUUGGUGGAUUUUUGUUGUCCACUAUUUUUCUUAUUCUAUACCCUUUGUAAGAUAUAUAUGCGAUGUGUGGUUAUGCGGGUAGUUGUAAGAAUUUUCUAUUGCUUUACUAUGUAAUAGUAAAACUGUGAUCCAUUGCCAAGAGGCUGCAUUUGUCGUAAUGAUGUCUAAAGUUGAGACUGAUAAAGGAAAUUAAUAGUAUUGGCUUUAAAGGAAUUGUUUUUUUACAGUAUUAGAUUCCGACCAUCAACUUUUAAAUUUCGUUUAGGUACUUCUUAAUAACGAUUGCUCUGGAUAGGCAAAAACGUAUCAGUGAUUUAAUUUAUAAACUAAAAUUAAACGCGAAAACAAUGGUCUUCGUAACAUAUCAAAUUUAACAUUCUUCUUGUACACUGUCCGGAGUUCUUAAGAAGUAAACUUUUGAAUGCUAUUCCAAGCCUCUUUAAGUUUUUUUUUUAUUUAAUUCGAUGUGUGUUAUCGAAUUAUUAUAGUUUAGAGGUGAACUUUCAUUCCUCAUACAGGCAUUUUUAGGUUAGUUGAAACGAAAUGAUUUUUAUGUGUGUUUUUGUUUGAUGGAUUUUAUAUUAUAAAGAUCUCAGUUUUGCUUUGGGUGAUUUAUCUCUUUAUAUUUGUGUAUAUUUUAUGUCUUUUUUUUCGGAAUGGAGUGAUUACGUUAUUUCUUAAUUUAAGAACCUAAUUAAACUGUUUUUUUUAGGAAUUGGAUGUAUAUAAAGACAGCCCUUUGUCAUAGAUUUGAGAUUGUCGUCAUGUCAUAGAUUUAUAUUCGGGUGUAUUACCCCUAUGCCUACGUAUUAUCUAGGCUUUGUGGUAGUUCUUGGGAAUAAAAUGUAACACAUAAAUCACAAUGUAGAUAGUGAGCACCAAAUAGUUACAAAUAAUUUUUAUUUUAUGUUAUUAGCACAUAAUUUGAAUUUAUUAAUAUUAUAUUAACAUAAAAAAUUUAAGUCGUUUAUUACAUUUUUGCACCUUAAUUAUAAAUUUAAGAGGUAAGUUUAUGUUUCUCUUCUUUUUACUAUAUUGGUAAUAAAUAUGUAGAGUUUAUUAUCUGAUAUGCAAAUUAUACUCGGUACAAGAACCUAUGCUAAUAAUCUUCCAAAGUACAAUAAUUACAUAUACAGGAACAGGUGCAUUAUAAAUAUAAUCGUUAGUAAAAACAACACAAACACUUAAAAUGCUGAAUUAGAAUAUAUUAUAUUGUUUUGUUAAACACGUCAUUCAUGUUGAAAAGCCUCUAGACGUCUACGGUCUUACAAAUAAACUUGGUAUAAAGUUAUACUUAAGAAUAAAUUAAGGAUAUGCAAAAUGUUUACAAAUAGACAUUUUGCUUAUGAUUGGUUUAUUCUAACGUAUAACGUUUCCGGCGUUUAUUUGCAAGGCUGCUUGUCAUGCAGAAAACUUCAGAAUUAUCAUUAGUUUUGACAGUAUUGCCAGCGAUAUUGCUGUAUCAUUGACAGUGUUGUCAGCGAUAUAUCUAGGGCAAGCAGUGAUUGUGUUAAGGUUUACUAGCACGGGUGACUAGUCUUUGUUGUUGAGGGUACUUGUAAAAUAUACUGAAUAAAAGAGCUGAACUUUGUAUUGUUGUACAACAUGUGUGAACGAUAUUGUCGCUUUGAACCGUUUAGUGGAGAAACAAAUUGUAUAGAUAUUUCAAGAUGGAACGAAAUAGAAAAAGAAUUUUAAUAUAGAUAGCAAAAAAUUAUGUAUCAUAGUUAUGACAAGUGUACGGAAUAAUCUAAGGUACUCUAUCUCAAGGGUUCGAUACUGUUAAAUUAAAUUAUAAAAAAAUCUCACAAUUUAAACUCCGAGCGUUGGAACAUUGAUGGAACUUUGUUGUAUUAACAUCGCAUCAGCAGGCAAUCGUGUGUUCGCAAAUGGUAGCCUGAAGAUAUUAUGACGUCACUAAAAUGGCGGUCUUUCCCGUUCUCAACGCGCGGGAUUAUAAUUUCAUGUUAAUUCAGAUAAAUAGCGGGUUUAUACAACCAUCUUUCUAAAGAACUAACAGCUUCAUGCUGUGAAUAUUCAUGUAGUGUCCCGCAACUAUAUAUUCAUCGAAUUACAUGAGAGUGAUUUUUGAAUGCGCCGUGUUUUGUAAACAAAUGAAGCAAUGGCCUAAACCUUUGUAUACAGUCCACAUUGACUCAAAGAGCGGUAUGUGUCAUAAUAUUCAAUAACUAGCUGGUCCUGUAUACUUGCCAUAUUGCUAACAACAAAAAGUAAGGAAUAACAGCUGUUUGCUUUAAGUAAUAGUAAAUUACUAUUUCCAAUACCUAAGCCGCUCGUGUAAUAUUACGUGCGAUAGCUGGUCACUUCUUGUAUUUACCCUAGAAUGUCUAUACAUUCUGCUAAACGGUGUCAAAAAAUCGUGUAUUUCCUAAAUUUUAUAGCCUUAGAGAAAGGACCAAGUUCUUCUUAUAAGGUCUCUGUGAGCCGAAGCAAGUAAACUGAAAUAAAUAUUUAAACAUCUAAUUAGUUUGGCUAGGUGUAGUUGCUUCUUAGUAUAUAUAUCGAAAGUAGGUAUUAUUUCACCGAAUUGCCUUUAUUAUGAAGUGGUCAUUACAACAAUUUGAUUAAAAAUAUCAUUGAGUCUAAGGGUGCCUUCAUAUGAAAUGUCAUCUGCGCUGACAACUGCACAAAAAUGCGCGCGCCAAGCGUUCUGUAAAAAUAAACACUUCCUUUAACGUACGUAAGAACGUACCCUUAGUCUAUAAAUACAAACUUAAUAAUAAACUUAUGUCAAUGAAUGUAAUAACGUAAUAUUAUGUCAUUUUUGACAUUUGUGACAGAUGUCAUUACAAUCUGCCAAACCACUGAAGCCGUUGAAUUUAUUGAUAUACAUAAUAUGAAUUAAUAUAUUCUUAUAAAAUAAGAAUUGUAUGCCUUAAAUCGAAAAAUUCAUAUCUUUAUUGUAUGUAUUGCACGCUAGAUGUAAUGUAGAUGGUUGUAGAUACAAGGAAUUACACUAAGUAUAGAUAUAAGUGUACGUCGUAGAGGCUUCUGUUUUUUUUUCAUAGAAUUUAUGUAAUUAUUUAAAUAUUAUUUUGCCCUAUUAUAUUCUGGUCUUCUUUUCCGGGUUGAAUGUUUUAUUGUAAUGAAAAUAUCCCAGAAAGAUUAAUAAUUUAUUGAUUCAAAUCUAGUUAGUGAUGUCUUUCAAAUAGACAAAGCCUGAGUUUUAAAUUUAAGUAUAUAGAAACAUUAUUGGUAGCAGCUAAGAUAAUUCCUGAGGAAAUAUUUAAUAAUAAUGAUAGCGCAUCGUGAGGCUUCUUGUAUUACUUAGUAUCCGAAAAGACAUAAUUAUUGUAAGAUUUUGGAUUGUUUAUUAAGAUACUCAACAAGGAUUUUUUUCUAAAGUCCAGACGUAAAGGAGGAAGAAUUUCGUACGUUAACCUCUGCGGCGACAUUGCAUCUGUGUGUGCGUGCGAGACGCAUUACAUUUACGCGGGAAUGACUGAAACAAGUAAUAACAGGUCAACGUACGAAUCUCUUCUUGCUUCGCGUCCAGAGUUUAAUAUGAUUUCUUUAAAAAAAAUGUCGCAAUGUGUUUAAAUUUAUUUUGGUAUAUUAUAUGAUUUAGAUUUGAGGUAUUAAGUAAAGUAUUGUGUUUGGAAAUUGUAUAUCUAGAUAUUUAGCGUUCAAGUGGAAUUGCAUUUAUUUCGACUGUUUUCAAAAGCAGUUUUAAACCCACCUAGGACCAUCUCGGUCUAGGUCUAUACCAGACGUAUAGGAUAUAAUGUGUUAUAAACUGAAUAAUAUCACACACAAAAAUUCAUAAUAAUAAUUUUAAAAAACUUAUUUGAGCGAACAAAAUAUAUCCAUUGCUAUCACAAUUCAGUAUACUGACAAUGGUUUUCCAAGAAAAAUAAGAUACUAACCAAUUGAAAGUAAGCUUAUAUGAAUGUUUACCUCUACCUCAAAAUAACACCAACAAUUUAUGUGCUUACUUUUGGAAAAUAUCUAUACCAUACUAUUAUUUGUAAAAUUUAAUACUGUUUUUUUGGAAUUUCAGCUAUAUUUUCAAAUGAAAUGUGUAUUCUAUAAUUUGAUUAAUUAAUACCUAUAUUUCUUUGCCAACAAAGUUUGAAUCUUUUAUUUGAAUAUUGCUGAUUGUUGGCGAAUGUGUCCUGGCCAUGUUUUCUUAUACAAGCUAUUAAUUGGUUUAUUAUGUUUAUAUUACACUGCCAAUAAGCAUUUACAGCUGUAUAUAGGACAGUAUUGUCACACCUAUAUACAACAUAUUUAUAGUGUUAUAUAAUGAUCAUUCCAAAGAUAAAUUAAAGACUGUAGGUAUCUCUGUUCUUUUAUAUUACUCUAUGCCUUUAUUGACCAAUUAUUUCAAAUAAAUAUUUCUAAUCUGAUUUUUAUAUAAUCUUUGCGGUAGUGUAUUCAUAUUUUAUAAUUAUCUAUGAUCUAUAUAAUUAGUGAGAGUUGCCGUAAAACCUUUAUUUCUAUUUAUUAUAAACUAUAUACUAUUCUACUUACUACUUUGAAAUGCUUGUUACUAAUUUCUAUUAAUGAUUGCCUCCGACAUGUGUGUAACACUUUUUCGUCUUAAUAUUGUGUCUUGUAUUUUUUGAUGCUUCUAUAAUAAUUUAAGCUUUAACGUUUUGAGUACAAUUAUUGUAGUUUUUGUAUACUAUGUAUUUAAGAUUGAUGAUAAUAUAAUUUAUGAGUAAUGUAAUGGUUUUGGUGCUUGGUAUUGCUGUGUAGUAUGUUGCUGGUUUUAUUGAGCUUUAUGAUGUACACCUUAUAAUUAAUGAUCAAAAUGGUGCUGUCAACAAGUUUAAGCAAAAAAAAAUUAACUUAAGCUUUUUGUGGGUAUGAAAUUACCAAUGAUACUUUUUUAUCUCAUUUUGUCACUGGCCGCAGUCUUCCAAGAUAUUUUCUUCCCAUGUCCUUAAGUCUUCUACGAUAUUACCAACGCAUCUUGGGUCUUAUUCGGCUCUGGUGCUAUAAAACCGUUUAAGGGCACGGUCUUUGCAAUUUGGAAACAAAACAAUUGCUAAUAAUUCGGAAAUGAUGAACUGACCUCUUAAGUAAUUUGAAACGUUUUAGUUUAUAGUUUGAUCAGGAAGCAUCGAGAAUUUAGGUCAUUGAACUUAGUGCCGUGCCACGUGUCCGCCAUGUGAGCGAGACGAGAAGUAUAAAUAAUUAUCGUACUCAUACAAUACUGACAGGAAUGGUUACAAAUGUCCAUAUCACAGUAUAUAUAUAAUAAUGUUCGAAACGACGCACGCACACAUACGCAGAUUCAACAAAGUCACUUAACGGACAUUGCAGUGCUGUUAGUCGUACGAAACCUGCGCGUUCAGACAUGACACCUGCUUUCUUAUAUGUGCGUGCAUUAUAUCUAACGUUUGUACGUAGUUUCCUUACUUAUUUAGCUGAUAUAUAUUUACUCUGUCUAUGUUCUAGAUUUUUUAUAGCGCAUUUAAUCGCCCUCUACUUUUCGUCGACAAUUUUUGUGACCCUUAAAUAAUGUACUAUAACUAUCUCAUUUGUAUGAUUAUAAUUUUUUUCCACUCUAUAUGAAUUGUAACGAUCAGUACAAUAUCUUGCCAAAGCUCCAUAAAACCGGCUUGACGAAGUAUUCCACUAUUACUUAAAGGUUAAUAUUGUUGUAUUAAGGUCUUGUUAUUUGUAUUAAAAUUAGGUUAUUCUCUUCAAACUCUUUUCGAAUAUGAUUCUGUUGUUUGUGUUUUGAUAGAAUACUUUUUCAAUGUACUUACAUGAUUUGUCUCGAAUUAAAAAAUUUAUUGCCUU